CUACCUACUACCUCCCCACUAGCUCGGUUCAGCCAGGGAGCUCAAUUCGCAUUCGAUUUAGCUACAAAUCCCAUCUCUUCAGACGAACUCGCAGCCCCUUUUCCUCAGCCUAAUUCGGCUACCCGGGACUUAAUAGUCAAAGCUAUUACUAUUACUCCGUCACAUGACCAGUAA